AUGGAAGAAUUAAAAAGGGAGAAAGAUCGUGUCAAAGAACUGGAAGACGAAAAGAAUAGCAUUCUCAAGUGUUUCAAGGCUGAGAAGACCAUCAUGUUCAGAGGAUUUGAAGCCAAAAUGAAUAACAUACUUGCCGAACUUGAUGUUAGAGGACAAAGAAUCGAAGAAUUUGAUACUGAAAGGAAGAGAUGGGAAUUGGAAAAGAAACACUUCAAUGUUACGCUUGAAGCAAGGCAAGAGAAAACCAACAGCUGGAUAAAAAGGUGUGGAGACAAAAAUUCAGAAGUGCAGAGUCUCAAUCAAAGGAUGCAGGAAACACAGACAAGACUUGAAGAGGAUUUGGCUCAGUGUUGGGAAAGUCUUGAAGAGAAUACCUUACUGAGAAAGCAAAUUCAACGUCUGGAAAGUGCACUACAGAGUUGUCAAGUACGAAUUAAUGAGUUAGAGCGAAAUCUUCAAGGAACUAUUGAACAAUGCCAAAAAUCAAAUGAUUUCUAUGAAGAACAGAAUGCAGCUAGAAGCAACAUGGUAGUCGAGGCCAUAGUACAGAUGAGUAAAGUUGCCAAAUACAUUGAAGAACUAGCUGUCGAAGCAAAGGUCAUCGAGCACCAUAUCAAUCCAGCUUCUAAGUGUGGGAAGAAGAUGUCGUGGUUGAUUAGUGAAAUUACGGAGCUUAAUAGAAGAGCUAGGUCGUAUCUAUGA